AACACAACACUUGACUGCCGUUGGGAUCAAUUCAAGUGAUAAUAUGGCGUCCAAACAGCGCCACAGACAGAGAGACACGGAUGACGACCUGUUGGUGGACGACGACAUGACCGACGCCUCGACCAAUGGCCGCAACGCCGACGCCGACGAAGAGAUUGAGCAAAACUUCACGCCUAUCUCUAAACUCGAGGGUAAUGGCGUGACAGCGGUGGACGUGAAGCGUCUGCAAGAGGGCGGUCACCACACCGUCGAGUCCGUCGCUUACGUCACGAAGAAGUCGUUGGAGAAAAUCAAAGGCAUUUCGGAACAGAAGGCCGAGAAGAUCAUCGCCGCGGCCAUGAAGUUGGUUCCCAUGGGAUUCUCGACGGCCACCGAAUACCAUAUGAAACGCGCGGAUAUUGUGGUCAUCACUACUGGAUCUAAAGAGUUGGACACUAUGUUGAAGGGAGGCGUCGAAACGGGUUCGAUAACCGAGAUGUUCGGUGAGUUCCGUACGGGAAAGUCGCAGUUGUGUCACAUGCUGUCCGUCACGUGUCAAUUGCCGUUUGAUUUGGGCGGCGCUGAAGGCAAGUGUCUCUACAUCUGCACCGAAGGCACGUUCAGACCCGAGCGCUUUGUGGACAUCGCGCGCCGCUUCUCGUUGGACGAGAACCAAGUGCUGGACAACAUAGCGUACGCCCGCGCCUACAACAGCGACCAUCAAACCCAACUCCUCGUGGAAGCGGCGCACAUGAUGUCUGAGGCCCGAUACGCGCUGCUCGUCGUGGACUCGGCCACCGCUCUCUACCGCACGGACUUCUCCGGUAGGGGUGAGUUGGCCGCCCGGCAGAUGCAUUUGGCGCGCUUUAUGCGAAUGCUUCAGCGUUUGGCCGAUCAGUUCGGUGUGGCUGUCGUUAUCACCAAUCAAGUGGUGGCCAACGUUGACGCGUCCGCUGUGUUCGCCGCCGACACUAAGAAACCCAUUGGCGGACACAUUAUAGCUCACGCGUCCACUACGAGACUCUAUCUGAAGAAAGCGAAGGGCGAGAACCGCGUGUGUCGUGUGUAUGACUCGCCCAGUCUUCCCGAGUCUGAGGCCAUGUUCUCCAUUAAUACCGACGGUAUCGGCGACGCGAAGGAGUAGAAGAGUGGCCAACAGUUCACAGUUUCGGCUCUCAUUUGAUUUUUCAUAAUUCACUUAACUUUUCAUUACUUU